CCGAGCCGCUGUCCGUUAACUGCAGUGGCAGCGAUGGCGCGGCCGGGCGGGCUGGCCGUCCUUCUCCUGCUGAUGGCACCGGGUUUGUCCGCGGUUCGCUUCCCCGGCCUGUCGCACCUGGUGCCGGCCGCGAGUGACGAGGUGCAGUCGGAGGCGGCGCAGCAGCUGUGCCGCCGGCUGCUCGGGCCCCGUGCGGAUGACUUCGUGCUGACGGUGAGGCAGCGGCGGCCGGCGGGAGCUGGGGCCCCAGCCCCGGCCUUCGAGUUGAGCUCUCUGCCCGACGGCCGGGUACAGGUGCUGGGCACCACGGGAGUGGCGGCAGCCAGCGGGCUGUACUGGUACCUGCGGACUUUCUGUGGCUGCCAUGUCUCCUGGUCCGGGCGGCAGCUCCAGCUGCCCACACCGCUGCCGCGGCUCCGCCGGGUGUUACAAAUCACCGCGCCCGACAGGUUCCAUUAUUACCAGAAUGUUUGUUCGUACAGUUAUUCCUUUGUUUGGUGGGACUGGGAUCGAUGGGAGAGAGAGAUUGACUGGAUGGCGUUAAGUGGCAUUAAUCUCGCUUUGGCGUUUACCGGCCAAGAAGCCAUAUGGCAAAGAGUAUAUCUUUCACUUGGACUCACACAAGCUGAAAUCAAUGACUACUUUGUUGGACCUGCAUUCCUUGCGUGGGCCCGGAUGGGCAAUAUGCACAGCUGGGCGGGGCCGUUGUCAGAUUCCUGGCAUAAAAAUCAGUUAAAUCUCCAGCAUCGGAUUCUCCAGCGAAUGAGAUCAUUGGGCAUGUUGCCAGUACUUCCUGCCUUUGCUGGGUUCGUUCCUGCUUCCUUCACCAGAUUGUUUCCAAAGGAAAACUUCACAAGGCUCGGGAGCUGGGGGCACUUGAGCUGUACGUACUCCUGCUCCUAUCUGCUGGACCCAGAGUCAGCAGUUUUCCAGCAAGUCGGCAAGAUGUUUCUGUUGGAGCUGAUUAAGGAGUUUGAUACCGACCAUAUUUACAGCGCGGAUGCGUUCAAUGAAAUGACUCCACGAUCAUCAGAUCCUCAAUAUUUAUCUUCCAUCAGCAAUGCAAUCUUCAAGUCAAUGACACAAGUGGACCCUUUGGCAAUAUGGCUUAUGCAAGGAUGGCUUUUUCUGAACAAGCCGUCGUUUUGGAGGCCGACCCAGGUGAAGGCUUUGUUGCACGGAGUGCCCUUGGGGCGGAUGAUUAUUCUGGAUUUGUUUGCCGAGAGCAGGCCAGCCUAUUCACUCACCGAGUCGUUCUACGGGCAGCCGUUCAUCUGGUGCAUGCUGCACAACUUUGGCGGCAACACGGGGAUGUACGGAACGGUGGAAAGCAUCAACAGAGGCCCUUUCAAAGCCAGGGCUUUUCCGAAUUCCACCAUGGUGGGGACCGGAAUAACUCCGGAGGGAAUCGAACAGAACGAUGUGGUGUACGAGCUGAUGAAUGAAAUCAGCUGGUGCCAAAAGCCGUUAAACCUCACCGAGUGGGCCAUGUCCUACGCUCGGAGACGGUACGGAAAGAGGAAUGAUGCUGCGGCAGCCGCCUGGCUGCUUUUAUUCCGAAGUGUUUACAAUAACACUUCCUACAUGCAAAACCACAACAGGAGCCCAUUAGUUCACAGGCCCUCUCUGAAAUUGGGUACGGCGUUGUGGUACAACAAGACUGAUGUUUACGAAGCGUGGAAUCGAAUGCAAAAGGCUGUUUCUGAGCUGAACUCUAGUGAUACCUUCAGAUAUGACCUCGUUGAUCUAACGAGGCAGUCAGUGCAACUUCUAGCGUCAGAGUUUUACGAAGAUAUCAAGACGGCUUUCUUGCAACAUUCGAUUGUGGGGCUGUGGACUUCGGGCGACGCUUUAGUUCAUAACCUGCUCCGUGACCUUGACAGCCUCUUGUCCAGUGAUGGCCACUUUUUACUGGGCCAUUGGUUAGGAACAGCUCGGUCCCAGGCAGCAACUGAAAAGGAAGCGAACCUGUACGAAUUUAAUGCCCGCAGUCAGGUUACUCUUUGGGGGCCAGAUGGGAAUCUUUUGGAUUAUGCUAACAAGCAGUGGGGAGGUUUGGUUAAGGACUACUACGCAGCCCGCUGGGAACUCUUUGUGUCAACACUGAUCAGGUGUCUUGAAAUGAAAAUUCCAUUCAGUCAAGCCCAUUUUAACCAAGAGGUCUUUGAAGUAGAACAAAACUUUAUCGUAAAUAGAGUGAAAUACCCCGAUAAACCCGUAGGAAAUACCGUCGAGAUCGCAAAGAAAAUCUUCCUGCAAUAUUAUCCCCAAGCAAUGAAGAGGAAUAAUUAACAACAAAUUUGAUUUUUGACCGCAGUAAUGUUCAGUAAGGAUUAACCUGAAAGUGAUUUCUUUGCUUGGCUGUAAUCUGAUUGACAGGACAUACAGAGCAACUUGCGGCUAAAAUGGAUGUCAGAUGGAAAUGUCCAUAAACCCAGUGUAUAAUAAAUAAAUUUUGUAAUCUUCUUUCUUCAAAUGGUUAGCACUUCAGUUCUAUUUCCAUGAAAUGGCUCCAUGUCCCUUGCUCUUUAUAGAAUCUAUUGCUCCCUUCUAAGUACUGUCAUUGUCGGAGAGGCUUUCUCCAACAAAGGUUUCUUGUCGCGCUUCUUGGAUCAUUGCUGUCUCCCUCAAACCCUGGAAUAAGUGAAUAAAUAAUGCCUUAGCAGAAGAGACACGCUCAGAAUGUUGGAACCAUUUCAUACCAUCCAAGUACACAGCGUAGAAAGCUAAGAUGAAAUAGGCCCCGUCAAAACUGAUUUUCAUCAAGGUAUAGUCCUUCAUGCUAACUCUCCGAGGUGUUAGAUCAGCAGACGUUGACAGCCUGGGAGACAGAACCCGCACGCAGAGUCCAUUUGCUUCACGGUCAUUUAAUCCAUUGAUUACUCUUCGUGUAUCUAAAAUACAUGGAAUGGGCCUUGUUCACUGUACUGCAGAGCAGUGAUCAGUCUCGGGGAGCAACAGCCACAGUUCAUCUGUAAGUAUUAUGUAUAGAAAUUCCACUGGAGGUAAAAUUACAAAGUACCGCAGACAACAGCCAUCAGAACUAAGAAUUCAAUCGAAUUCUCCUGAAAUUCAGCUUCUUGAUGAACUUGUUUUAACCAUCUGGGACAAACUCGGUGUUUGGAUCGAAAACCUGCUGUUUGCUUAGAGACUCGGGUCAAUCAUCUCCAGUUUGGGUCUGGUCGAUGGAGUCUUAACUCGUUAACGCUGGAGAACGAUAUUGAACUCUCUCCAAACUACUGUAUGCAAGUCAUUGAUUACCCGAAUGACGAGGGGGAAAGCACCUUUCCUUUUAGGUGUAGCUUUCUGAAAGGUGAACUGUUCCAUUCAGUGUUUACUCCUGUACCGAAUGUCAAGGGAGAAAGGACCUUUCCUUUUUGGUGUGGCUUUUUGUUAGUGUUUACUUCUGUAUCGAAUAGAAAUGGUAUUGGGGGUGCCGAAGAUAAACUGGUUUACAAACACAAUAUAAUCCCCUGACCUUGUGUCUUUUCUAGCUUGCCUUUGAAUUUGGGCAUUGGUUGAGAAUGUACAAGGUGUGGUUGGUAAGUUUGCAGAUAAAGCUGAAAUUGAUGGUGUCAUAAGACAGUGAAGGAAAUUUAUCAGAAUUACAGGGCAAUCUCGACCAGAUGGGGAAGUGGACUGAGGAAUCGUAAAUGGUGUGCAAUCCAGAUAAGUACAAGAAGCUCUCUCUGGCUCCUCUUCUCCUUUCUCCAUCCUUCCUGUGUCCACUGUUCUCUCCUAUGAGAUUUCCCUCAGGAAGAGGUUCCCUGUGAAGGUGUGUAGAAUCAGGAGGGGCUUGGACAGAGAUUUCCCCAGGGAAGAGGAGUGAACAGUGAGGGCAGGGGUUUAAGGUGCGAAGGGAAAGAUUUAGAAGGGACUCGAGGGGCAACUUCUUCAUGCAGAGGGCAGUCCAUGUUUGAAAGAAACUUGCCAGACAAAAUGGUUGAAGCAGGUACAAUAACAAUUUUUAAAAAGACAUAGGGACAGUUGUAUGGCCAGGAACAGUCUGGCAGGAUAUGGGCCAAAAGUGGCCAACUGGGACUAAUUUAGAUAAGUAUCUCAGUCUGUGUGAGCAGUUUAACCCAAGGAACUUUCCAAACGGGAUGAGCCUACAGGAACAUCUCGGUCAUUGUGGACAAAUUGGCCCUAGGAUGUGUUGUAUCUUCCUACAGAACAUUCACAGUAAACAUGUCUACCUCAAUCAGAAAGGCAAUCCUUAUUUAGAAUUCCUUUGAAGUGUGUCACUCAAACUGUUCAAGUCCACCCUAUCUCAAUAGACAACCCAAGGAGGAUAUCGAGUUGAGUGACUGCUACUAACAGCACUUUCUCCAGACUGCCCUUCAGAGAUCCUCUUUGAUCUUGCUGCCUUAACUGAUCAUAUCGAAGCCUUGUGCAUACCAGCGAAGCAUUGUUUUAAAAAAAGGUGAUGAUUUAUUUUGAAAUGAAUGCAGAUGUAUUUGAAUAAUGUCCUUUUAGGAUAUGCUGAACUGCAGCCAAUAAAAUACCAGGAAUCUUUUAAAUCUGUUGUUUUCUAUGGUGCUG